GCACAGCCUGUGGCUGGGCAGUUCAUGCAGUACGGAGCUUACGGCAUGCCGUGCGGUGGCUGUGUUGCCGGUGCCAUGGGAAUGGAUCCCACCGCCUAUGCUGCGGCGAUGGGAAACCCGUAUGGCGCACAGGCUGUCUACAUGCAGGUGGACCCUCGAUCAGCCAAGCAAUUUGGAACGGUCAAGGUCUUCAACCCAGAGAAAG